CUUCACUCCUCAUCUGGCUGUGCUGCUAUCAUCAGGAGCAGAGGUCGUUGCUACAGACGCCAGGGUGAUCAGGACCAGCGGAGAUGUUUAGAAGAAAACGCAGUGUCUCCUUUGGAGGAUACGGCUGGAUUGACAAAGCCAUGCUAGCCAGUCUGAAAGUAAAGAAACAGGAGCUGUCCAACACUUCAGAAGUAACUAUUCCCGACCGUCCUCUGUCUCCACCUGCAACCGCACCACCAAACAUGAAGUCGGCAGAGUUUUUCGAAAUGCUGGAAAGGAUGCAGGCUCCUAAACUAGAAGAACAGAAAAGUGGAAGUCAGAAAAACAAGGAUGAUUACAUACCGUAUCCCAGCAUUGACGAGAUUUUGGAGAAAGACACAACAUACCCACUGAUUAUCCUGCCACAGUUUGGAGGUUAUUGGAUAGAAGAUCCUGAAAACCUAAGCACCCCAACUUCUUCGGAUAGUAGCAUCUGUGAAGACGACGAUGAACCAAUGAGUCCCAGUACCUAUGGAUAUAAACUAGAAUACAAAGGCUCGGCCCGCGCCUACAGAAAACAUUUCCUAGGAAAGGAUCAUCUAAAUUUUUACUGCACUGGAAGUAGCCUUGGAAACAUGAUCCUUUCUAUUAAAUGUGAAGAAGCUGACAGCAUAGAAUAUUUGAGAAUUAUACUCAGGUCAAAAGCAAAGACUCUACAUGAACGGAUUCCAUUGGCGGGAUUCAGUAAGCUCCCCAGCAUUCCUCAGAUUGCAAAGGCAUUAUGUGAUGAUGCCACAGGACUGAAAUUUAAUCCUGUUCUGUAUCCCAAGGCUUCACAAUUGAUCGUUGCCUACGAUGAACAUGAAAUCAAUAAUACAUUCAAAUUUGGAGUCAUAUAUCAAAAGUUCAAGCAAACACUAGAAGAAGAAUUAUUUGGUAAUAAUGAAGAGAGUCCUGCCUUUAAAGAAUUCAUGUCCUUACUGGGAGACACGGUCUUGCUCCAGGAUUUUAAAGGGUUCCGAGGAGGCCUUGACGUUGCCCAUGGACAGACAGGCACUGAAUCUGUUUACACGGUGUUUAGAGACAAGGAAAUCAUGUUCCACGUCUCCACCAAGUUGCCAUUUACCGAAGGAGAUACCCAACAGUUACAAAGGAAACGACACAUCGGCAAUGAUAUUGUGGCUAUUGUCUUUCAAGAAGAAAACACACCUUUCGUUCCGGACAUGAUCGCAUCGAACUUCCUACAUGCAUAUAUUGUUGUGCAAGUGGAAAACCCUGAGACUGACUGCACAACAUACAAGGUGUCUGUGACUGCUCGAGAAGAUGUUCCAUCUUUUGGACCUCCUCUGCCAAAUCCACCAGUAUUUCAAAAAAACUCUGAGUUCCGUGAAUUUUUGUUGUGCAAACUCAUUAAUGCCGAACAUGCAUGCUGUAAAUCAGACAAGUUUGCAAAGCUUGAGGAUCGGACUAGAGCUGCUCUCUUGGACAAUCUUCAUGAUGACCUUCACAUGCACACACAAGCCAUGCUUGGCCUUGGCCCAGAAGAAGACAAGCUGGAGAAUGGAGCUCAUGGAGGAUUCUUGGAGUCAUUUAAGAGAGCAAUCAGAGUCCGGAGCCAUUCUAUGGAAACCAUGGUAGGAAGUCAGAAGAAGCACCAGUCUGGAGGAAUUUCUGGGAGUCUGAGUGGAGGCAUGGUUCAUACAACUGCAGAAAUCACAAAGACUACCUUCUCUCCUCCUGCGGUAGUCACAAAGACACAGUCCAAAAGCCCCAUAAAGCGGAGAUCUGGUCUCUUCCCUCGUCUCCACACAGGAGCGGAAACCCAGACUGAAGGCCGGACUCGAUGUGAUAGUGUCUCCUCGACCCAGAAAACCCCUGAUGGUGGGCAUUCAUCCCAAGAUGUGAAAUCGGAAACUUCUUCCAAUCCCAGCUCGCCUGAAAUCUGCCCUAACAAAGAGAGGCCCUUCACGAAACUGAAAGAAAACGGUCGUUCUAAUAUCUCCCGUUCAUCAUCCAGCACUAGCAGUUUCAGUAGCACUGCUGGGGAGAGCGAGGCUUUGGAAGAGUAUGAGAGUAUGGGCAGCCAGCCACUGACCGCUUCACCAUUCAAACAGGAAGUGUUUGUCUACAGCCAGUCUCCCAGCAGUGACAACCAUACAGCCACUACCCCUGUAAUCAUGAGCCGGAGCCCCACAGAUAUAAAGAGUAGGAAUUCCCCAAGAUCCAACCUCAAAUUUCGUUUUGAUAAACUCAGCCAGUCAAGUUCCGGCUCAAGUACAUGAGUUCAUGUUCUGAUGAAAGAAACCUUCCAUCUUCAAAACUGACCUCCAAUCCACUCCAUGAAUAAUUACUGCCAUGAUCCAUUAAUGGAUAUGUUUAAUUAGUAAGCUGUUCCCCACAAGUGAAGGAAGGAACUGCCACUUUACGGCACUCCCAGUGUCCAGAGAGACUUAUCUUGUAAUUCAGUACUAAUCAGUACAGCAAUGGAAAUUUUGUUUUUUACUCCAAAAAUGAAAAGCAACAAAAAGCUUUAUUUUUCCACCUAAAGAAGCCUACUAUUCCAAUUGCACCUGAUCACCAUGUGCCAAUUACUGCGCAUAAAAAGAAUAAAUGGACGGUACAUGAUAAGUUAAAUGAUAAUUGUGCAGAAUUUCAGACUGGUGUGUGUCAUUACUACAGUGUAACACACUAGCACUUGCCACUUCAGA